AGGUUCUCGGCCCUUGCCCUUGAAGCUACUCGCUUGCGCUUACUCUUUCACCCUUGCUAACAACUCCGGCCGCCGGCGUAGCGUAUCCGGCGAGAAAUGGCGGGAAGAGAGGUGCUGAUGCUAGAGGCACCGCCGGAUGCCGCCCUGGAGGGUUGGUCCGCAGUGCGAGGUGAUGAGGACAUCGAUGCGCUGCCGUACAUCGACGAGGACUACGGCAACCCGCGGGUGAAGGCGGAGGUGGAUCGUCUGGUUGAGGAGGAGAUGCGGCGCAGCGUCAAGAAGCCCGCGGACUUCCUUCGUGAUCUCCCUCCGAUGCCCAAGUUCGAUUUCGAGAAUCACCCUAUGUUGGCUAGAGAGUAUGAACGUGUGAGAGCUGGCAGGCCUUCUGCAACAUUGGAGAUGUCCCGAUAUGGAUUAGAGCCCCCGCCGAUCAAUAAGCGAAACGAUGUAUCUGCUUGGAGGCAGGCAGUGAGAAAUGCUCAGACCCUUGUACAACAUCAAAUCAUCAGAAUUGAGAAUCUGGAUCUAAUGGUGAAGUAUGGCGUUGAUGUCUGGAAACAUCAGAACAAACAAAUGGAGUCUUUUCUGUCCAGAUUGCAGGCAAUUGCUUUGGAAUACAAUGAAAAUAUUGAGAAUGUGAACCGGGAAAGAAAAUUCCAUCAGCAAAACACUGGUGUGGAACUAGAUGCCUUAUCUGCACAAUGGACGGAACUGUGCCUGAAGAACAUAGGGAUCCAAGCUGCAUGUGCUGAACUGGAGAAUCAUAUUGAGCAUCUCAAAAUGGAAGCAAAAGAGAGUGGUUUGGAUUUGAAUCCCAACAUGGAAACUGCACCUGCUACUAGCUGAGGAAGCCAAAGUUACUGUUUCAUUGGCUGAUGCUGAAGUGCCUGCAGUGAUUUUUAAUAUCAAGCCAAGUCCUUCAGGUUCAGGCAAGUGAAGAUGACAAGUUUAUCACAUUCAAAUCAGUUGCAGCCGAGGUUGGAGAUGGGAUGUUUAGAAGUUGCAUGCAUUUUAUUCAACCUUGUUUGGUCCAAGAUGACCUUCUGGUAAUUUCCGCCAAUUUCUUCAGUUUCCUGGACAGUGAAAUGUUUUCAUGGUGAAUUCUAAACUUGGUUGGUUUACUUGUUGGAACUUAAAAUUAUUCCCCUGUCAAGCAUUCUAGUUUGAGUUUUUGAAUUAUUUUGCUCA